AUGACGAAAACGUAAAUGUCACGUCACAUUUGCAACAGAGGACGCAUUUUUAAUCUUAAUUAAAUGAAGAAAGAUCGAGAUCAAAGUAUAAUUGUAAUAAUUGUCGUUAGCUAGACAGAGAGAUAAAUAAAUUUUGCCUUCGCAAAGAUUUUAUUUCAAGGAGAACACAUAGAUUUUCACAAAAUGUAAUAAUAUUUAAUUGCAGAUAUCUCGUAGUGUUUUUCUUUUUUAUUUUUUCAAUGAAAUUUUUCAAUAUACAAAGAAGUUUUCUUUCCGUUUUGUUUGAUUUGACAAUGAAAGUAGAUAUUUUUGCCCCGAUAAGUCAACAUGUCUCUGCAUUCCUGCUUCAAAGCUUAUCAUACACAGCCACAACAAUAAAAAUAUUUUAAUUUUAGUAAUACAUACACAUACACAUAAUUAAUAAUUAUACUCGAAUCAUGUAAGUUAUUAUUUUGAUGAUAAAAAGUGUUUUUAAAAAAGAAAAAGGUAUACAAAAUUUUCGUUCUCUCUAACAAUCCCUCAAUUCAAACGGCUUUGUAAGUUAUUAUACUUGUAGCGCAAAGUACUACGCUUACUACGAGAUAUCUGCGUAGUUGCGUUAGUGAAUGGGUUAAGGAUGUUCGUCGACCUGAAGAGAGGAAGCAAAGGAGAACAGCAGAAAUCGGACGACGAAGAAGGAAGUAACGAGUACGAGCGAGGGACUGGGUCGAAAUUCGGUUUCGAAGUCGAUUACGAGCUCAAUCAAUUUCUGCUCGAUGGAAAACCCUUCCGGUACGUGUCCGGCAGUUUUCAUUACUUCCGCACGCCCAGGCAAUAUUGGAGAGAUCGUUUAAGAAAAAUUAGAGCGGCCGGAUUGAACGCCGUUUCAACAUACGUGGAAUGGAGUCUUCAUCAACCGUCUGAGAAUGAAUGGCACUGGACAGGUGAUGCGGAUUUAAUGGAAUUUUUGAACAUCGCUCAGGAGGAAGAUUUGCUCGUGCUUUUGAGGCCAGGCCCUUACAUUUGCGCGGAAAGGGAUUUUGUGGAGAACGAGUAUGGAAGUUACGGGUGCGACACACAGUACACGAGUUGGCUGCGAGACACGAUAAAACAGAAAAUUGGUUCGAAGGCGCUUUUGUACACGACCGAUGGAUCGAGCGCGAACCUGCUACGUUGCGGAUUCGUGCCGGAAGUGUACGCCACCGUAGACUUUGGAACCAACGUCAACGUGACGAAGACCUUUGAAAUAAUGCGGCUGUACCAGCCGCGAGGUCCCUUAGUAAACUCCGAAUUUUAUCCCGGAUGGUUGUCACACUGGCAGGAACCGUUUCAAAGAGUACAGACUGCAGCAGUUACGAGAACCUUGGAUGAAAUGCUGUCUUUGGGUGCUUCUGUCAACAUAUACAUGUUCUACGGUGGCACAAAUUUCGGCUACACCGCUGGUGCGAACGGUGACGAGGGUUCAUACAGUCCACAAUUGACUUCCUACGAUUACGAUGCUCCAUUAACCGAGGCCGGUGAUCCAACAGCGAAAUACUUCGAGAUCAGGAAUGUCGUGUCCAAAUAUCUGCCAUUGCCAAACGUGUCUGUUCCAACAGUGUCUCCAAAAGGAGACUACGGCCCGGUUGUUCUCGCACCGGUCGUAAGAUUGUUCGAGCCUCGUGGCCGACAAUUGUUCGAAACCGUGAUCGUCGAGGGAUCGAAACCAUUGACGUUCGAGGAACUGCAUUUGCCUCAUUGGCUGGUGCUGUACGAGACUGAUCUAGCACCUAGCUAUUCAGAUGCUGCGAACUUGCACGCGAUGGUGCGUGACAGAGCGUUGGUCUACGUGGACGAUCAUCUGAUUGGAACUCUGAGUCGUAGCCACAACAUCUACGACGUUAGUAUAGAGAAGCCGUACGGGCAAAGAUUGAAGCUACUAGUCGAGAACCAAGGAAGAUUGAACUAUGGCAGUGGACUUCGCGACUACAAGGGUGUCACGGAGGUGUUUUUAAACAACGCUCGCCUGCCUGGCCCCUGGAAGAUGACUGGAUUCCGCUUGGACACCGUCGACCCUCUUCUCACGCCCGGGUCCUCUCUGUUAUCCGCCAACGGAACACUGUACGACGGCCCAGUCGUGCUUCGAGGAGACUUCGUCAUCGCCGGUCAACCAAUGGACACCUAUCUGAACACCGUUGGCUGGGGCAAAGGAGUCGCUUUCGUCAACGGGCGUAAUUUGGGCCGUUAUUGGCCGCUGGCUGGCCCUCAGAUGACUCUCUACGUUCCUGCGGCUUACCUGAGAACAGGCCAGAACCAAUUGGUCUUGGUCGAAUUGGAGUACGUGCCGACACCCAGGGAGAUCAAGUUGCAAAACGAACCGAUCCUCGACUACAAAGCUCGUUACUCGAACAGCGAGGAAAACUCUGUGCACUUGCAUGUGAUGAUGCAGAGCCCCAGGUUUGCAGAAUCCGCGAUUGCAAACCGGACAUCGCAUCGGCCAAUUGCCACUGUGAGAAUAACCAUGGGCCCUCAAAUCACCAGGUGUCGGGAAGGAACGACCGCAUUCGUUGCAUUUGUGCGGCUUUUCCUGCAGAUUAUAUUUUAUCGUCAACAU